UUCCCCUCGCCGCACGACCUCGCAACCCUUUCCUCUUCUCACUUUUUUCCCCUCGCCGCACGGUCUUCCUCUCGAUCCAUCUCCAUCUCCUCGCCGGACGACCUCCAUACAACCCCCUUCCUCUCCUCUUCCUCUCGAUCCUUCUCCUCCUCCUCCGCCCCGCCUUCGGCCCUUCCUCACUUGCAGCUUGCAGCCUCGUCGCCGAUCCCGCAGCAUCACUGCGGCCGCCCUCUCCUCAGUCUCUACGGCCGCCCUUGCCUCGGUCUCGACUCUUUCUCUGGCGCCUCAAUCUCUACUCUUUCUCUAGCGGUUUCUCGCCGUCGCGGGCUCGCCGUCGCUCGCGGCCUCGUCUCUCCUCCCCCGCCCUCGCUUCCAUCCGACACGCGUGUCGAGACGAGUCGAAAAAAGUUGACUACGUGUCAGAAAACUCGACACGCGUUGACCGCGUUUUGGAUGGCAAAUGGGAUCGGAUUCAAAUAUGUGAAAUGUCAUAUUGUGAACUCAGAGACGAGGUGAGAGGGCUGACCUUGUUAAGUGCGAAGCGAGCUCCUAUGGCAAACUCAGAGACAGUGACGAGCACCAGCAACACGGUAGGAGGUGAAUACCAGGUUUUCCUGAGUUUUAGAGGGCCUGAUACUCGUCUUCCAUUCACCAAUAUCCUCCACCAAGCCCUGGUAGAUGCCGGGAUUCGUGUUUUCAUCGAUGACGUAGGGCUUCAACCUGGUGAAAAAAUUAGCAACCUUCUGCAUGUGAUUGACAAUUGCAAGCUUUACAUACCCAUCUUCUCCAAAGAUUAUGCUUCAAGUCACUGGUGCCUUGACGAGCUUGCGAAAAUGGUGGAGAACACCUCUAAACAUAAAGAAGAUGGGAAAGAGAAGGUCAUAUUGCCCAUCUUCUAUGAUGUGAAGCCCAAAGAUGUGAAGCUGCAAACACCGUUAUACAAGGAUGUCAUAUCGAAUUUGGAGGAAGAGAUGGAGGAUCAGGAGCAUAAGUUCAGCUCCGAGAAUAUAAAGACGUGGCGGGAGUCUCUCGAAGUUGGUGGCAUCAAGGGAUGGGAGGUGGAGAAACAUUCAAGCCCUUUAAAACUCAUCCAGGCUAUUGUUGACGAGGUUGUGGCCAAGCUCGAGACAAAACGGAGACGUGUAACCGGAGAUUUCAUUGGAAUGGAAGAUCAAAUAUCAAACAUAAAGAAAUUAUUAGACAUUGAUUCUGAUGAUGUGCAGUUCAUUGGAAUCUACGGGAUGGGCAAAAUUGGUAAAACAACACUUGCCAAGACUAUCUUCAACGAACUAUGUCCUCGAUUUGGCAGAAACUGCAGCUUUCUUGAUGAUGUGAGGGAGACGGCAAAAAGCAAUCACAUAGUCAAGCUGCAAAAAAAAUUAUUGUCCGAUAUAUCUUAUUCUAGUGUGGUUCAGAAUAUUGCUAACAUUGAUCAAGGGAUUGAUAUGAUUGAAGCAACAAUUUGCAACAAGAAGAUGCUAAUUGUAUUGGAUGAUGUUGAUGAGGCCAACCAGAUCCUACAACUAAUCGGAGAGAAAUCUUUGCAUCAUGGUAGUAGAAUACUUGUUACUACUAGGAACAAGAACGUUCUGACAAGUAGGAAAUUUAAGUAUGAAUUUAAGGAUUAUGAAAUGAUGGGGUUGGAAGAUGAAGAUGCACUUAAACAUUUUAGUAGGCAUGCCUUCAAUGACGACUCUCCUCCAGCUGAUUAUUGUACUCUUUCAAAGCGCAUUGUCUAUACUACACAUGGACUACCUGUCACGACCUCCAUUUUUCCGUCCGGGGAAAAAGAAAAGGUUUAG